AUGGAUGUUACCACUGGCCAGUUCAGCAGCCUCAGCAUCCAUAGCUCAGAUGAUCGAGAAACUGAUCCUGAGAGACAGGGGAAACAAGAUACCCUCCAGCUCAAGCCUCGUCCUCUUACGCCAGAGUACAUGCUUGCCCACGAGCCGUGGUCCGGUCCUUGGCUUCCACCUGAAUACGUCCAGAGCAUGUUCAGCGAUCCUCCUCUUAUGUAUUUUGGUAUCGGUCUCCAGUUUACUGCCACAGACAUGCUUCCUCUCGCCCAGGCUCUCGGGGUACCCACCACCCCGGGUGAAGGAAAGUCCCUGCUCCUGCUUGAGAACAUUUAUAUGGCUGUUCGCAAGAGUAUUCGUGACAAGUUCAAGUCACGUUGGCCAGUCAAAUCCAGGGGGGUCAUAUCGCACAACACGGAGGUGACGCGAGUGAUAUCCAUCUCCGACAAUACCUUGGACACGUUAUCUCACAGGCGUUCGGCUGUAGACGAUCACCCUGACUCCAUCAAAUGGAAAGAACUGCAGAACGCCGCAGACGCUCUGUGUGCGUUGACAGGAAGGGAGCCCAAGUGGUACAUAGGCGAUCGCAAUUGGCCAUAGCGUGUUUGGAAUGUGAUGCCUGCUUGUCCUUGUAUCCUUGUGUUCACGUUCACGUUCCC